AUGGACGACCCGUCUCAAAACUUGCCGCUGCGGAUGCCGGACUUGGGUCAACACGAAGCGCAAGUUUCGCAAGAUACUGGUUCGAAUGAAGUGAACGAGGUAAACAUCAGGCUGUCCUUGCUGGACGCUCGAAACAACUGGCAAAACACGCUGCAGUCCCAUUCCGUUUCCAAUUCACAGCAAGACAUCUCCAUCUCCAACAGGGACCGGUCCACCAGCAGUAUCCCCCUUUCCGCGUCGUAUUCUUGCGGCUGCCAGCUCCAGCAAUCGCACAUCGAUCCUGAAUUCCAGUACAACAAGCACAACGAAGCGAUUUUUGACGACGAAAAGUUGUUUCCUUGCUUACCUUGCAACAAUAGCGAAGAAGAGGACCUCGUCAAGUACGAGCAACAGGGCUCGGAUCUCAUCAUCAACCACGCCACAAUCAAGGCCUUGGUUGUGCAGAUGACAUCUCCCGAAGUCAUUGACUACAACUUGAUCUGCGAUUUUUUCUUAACCUACAGGCUAUUUUCCAACAGCAACGAUAUCAUGAAUCUAUUACUAACACGGCUCACGUGGUCUCUCCAAUAUAUCAACUCGGGCACGGCCGUAAACAUCAAGAUUGGCAAAGCUGUGCUUUUACGAACAUUUGUCGUCUUGAGGCAUUGGAUCAUCAAUUACUUUGUCGAUGAUUUCAACGGCAAGAGCCUGUUAUGCGACCAUUUCUCUUCCACCAUCAACAAGAUUGUCGAAGACUCGAAUUUGAUCCUACAAGAAAAUUUCACCAAUAUCGAUGACUACCUAUUCGUGACCAAGAUUCUUGCCGAAUUGAAAUCCCAUUGGUUGAGCCGGUUGAACCAGUUUUCGCUUCUCAACUUUGAUAUGGACUUGACCAGGAAAAACAAGAGCGUGCUAGAGUAUACGCUCCCGCUCGCAAAGGAAUUUAUCACCAAUAACCACAAGCUUUCCAAAUCGAAUACUGAGUUGUCGAUACACACGAACCCUUCAUACCGACGAUCAGCAAUGCUCUCUCUUUAUGAUCAAAAGGCAACCAAUGCCAAGUUGUUUAGCUUUGACGAAAACACCAAUCCAGAGGAGAAUCCGCAAUUUUCAGUCAACAAUUUGCUAUUGCAGCAUCAAUCAUCGCGGGCCUCAAUAAACAUGAAAAUCCAGGAAAUUCAUCAACGAGAUAAAAAUUUGGGGAAAUCGCGAAAGUUUUCAACCCCGAAUUCAUUUUCUCCUUCGGCAGGAGCAGGAGGAGGAGGACCAUUGUCGAGUCUCACUACACAUAGCCCUACCGCAGUGGGCAACCCUCAACAACCAAGAAUUCGCAAAAACAGGGGUGUUUUGACUCCCUCGACCCGGCAUAACCGAUUAGAAAUUAAAGAUUCCGCUUUGGAGUUGAAAAAGACAAAGACGACCCAGCAGCAGCAGCAGCAGCAGCAGCAGCAUCAGCAGCAGGAUAAGGAAAACAAACCUCUUUGCAACGAGAUAGGUUCUAGUGAAAGUCCUACUGCAAGUUCCGCUGGAAAAAGGGAGCUGAAACAGUGGGAAGCAUACAAAGAAGUUGGCUUUUCCACGAAUGGUAAUGUCAGACUUCCGACUUCGGCAGUGACGAGCAUAGUUCCUCCAACACCGGUAAAGAAAAUGGACUACAAGUUAGUCAAUGAAGGCUCGAUCCUGUCAUUGAACCAUCCGGUUGCAUCGCUGAAUGAAACUCUUUUCGAAGAGGAUUUUGAGAGGAAAAAAUCAAUUAAGAAAUUUAUGGAUGGGUGGAAAAAGACCUUGAUGACACACCACAACUCUAAAGAGUCGGUGAUAUAUUCAAGACCUAGCACAGGUUCAAACAACCACUCGUUAAAGGAACCAUUCGACUCGCCCGGCAAAAAGAAUCGCACGGGCACCGGCAGCGAUUGGAUCAUGGAAGCUCCUGUGAUUGGCAAACGUGUUGACGUCUUGAGCGCAAGAAUCAUUGACGAGCUUGAGUAUUUGAUUCGUUUCUAUGUCAAUGCCACCCGGGCAAGUAGCGUGAUUCACGAGAUGAAUGGCCAGUAUUUUGAUGGCAAUCACGAUGAAUUUGUUGACGCACCAGAGGUGCAGCUGAUUGAAUUACCACAAGGUAAAGAAACUGAUGAUGCAAAUGAAGACAGUGAGGAUAUCGACAUUAACGACUUGUCAGAGUUGAAUAUUCUUAAAAUCGAUAACCUUAUAAACGAGAAUGAAGAAAGGACUGGCCAAGAUCAAGAUCAAGCUCAAGCUCAAGCUCAAGCUCAAGCUCAGGCUCAGAUGACCAGCACCGGAAGGGAAGCAUCCCCCAAGCAUGCGUUUGAAGAGUCUAACUCAUCCUUGCAGUCAUUUCAAAAACCAGCCAGCAUCAAUUGGAACGACGAAGAAGCGGUCGACUUGGAAGUGUCAAACGAAAAAGUUGACUUGGACAGCCGAGGCGAGUGUGACCAAUUCAAUUUGACAUCUGCUUCGAAUGACAAGCAUAUCCAAACAAGUUUCAACCACCACGAGGCGCCACAAUUGCUUGAUUUCCAGCAAUCAACCCACUCCUUUGAGACUUCGACCAUUUCUACUCCCAGUAAUUUCACACGCUAUGAUGCUGAAAUUGCCGAGUUGGGAAUCACAAUGAGCCCUCAGCUGGGGAAGCCCAAAAGGAUCAGUUUCUGCGAUACCAGAUUGAAUACAAGUGCCCAUUCCAAGCGGGUUUCGAAAUUGUCGGUGAAUUCGGCUAGCUCAGCCAUCAGGAGGGAAUCUCUUCAAUCUUACUUGAGCUACGACUCUGCCUUUUCAGUGACAAACGAAAGCCUCAACUUUAAGAAAAAUAACAGCAACAACGGCGGCUUUGGCUUAAGAAAAAAGAUUGGAUUUAACAACCUUCGUCUAACAACGGACCCGGCUCUAGAUCACGACAAUGAUCUCCUGGAUGUCGGCGUUGCAGCAGCAUAUCGGUCGUCGCAAGUUUCUCGAAACAGUGCCAGAAGCUCAAAAAAGAGCGUUCGGUUCAGCGCUUUAUGCGCCUUGACAGAGUUGCCGUUCCAUGAAGAUCAAAAUGGCAGUGUUGAAGCAAGACGGAAAUCGAAUAACUCCUCUGCUGAGCGUGGCGGCGGUAGUUCGGUUUUCUCCACCAGCCUGAAGAACAGGAAAAGUUUAAAAGGAACUGCCAAUAAGGAGUCAGCUCAAAACACCAUGGCUUCUGAAUCUUCAAAUGCUUCUGUCGCCAUACCUGGCAUCAGUAGCUAUGCCCUCAAGGAGCUUGCAGCGAUACCAGAUGAAACGAUGCAGGAUACCGAUGAUCCGAUUGAGUAUGCCUUGUUUAAACUUGAAGGUAGUCGCACUACAUCCAGGCCCACGUUGCGCCAGCGUCAAGACAAUGAUGACAACGACAACGACAAUGACGAAGACAACGGCAAAGUCGUGGUGGCCGCUGAAGAAGAAGAAGAUGAUGCGGAAAGUAGUCAAAGUCAAAUAGACAACACCGAUGAUAUUUUGCGCCAGAUCCACAACGCGAACACUGAGGACGCGAUUGGAAUCACAACUUUUGAAAUCAGUGACGAAGAGCCUUUGACCCCCAUCAUUGCUCAAAAGAGCUCCAAUGUCGACAGGACGUUUGAGGAGCACUCGACCUCGACCCCGCGCCGUACUUUAAACAUGGAGAUAUUUGAAUUCCAGCAACCGCCAAGAGUGAGCAGAAUUCCUGCAGGGGCUGUGUACGAAUCGCCGAAAAUGAUUUUGGACCGGUAUUCACCUUCUUGCGACGUCUUGUCAGUUGAAAAUAUCGUCAAGGAAAACUCGCACGUCUCAUUUGUUUUGUCAUUCCACUCUCAACCUUUAGCUGAGCAUUUCACGAUGAUUGAAAAGGAUAUGUUGAUGGAAAUCGAUUGGAAAGAUUUGAUUGAGUUGAAAUGGAAUAAGGAGUUGAUGCCCGUUAGCAGCUGGCUCGAGAUUAUCGUGAACGACGACUACUACAUGAAAAACAAAGGGGUCAACUUGGUUAUCGCGAGAUUCAAUCUCAUGGUUAAUUGGAUCAUUUCUGAAAUCAUUCUAAGCCAAAGCCAAGCAGAAAGGAUCAAUAUCAUUUCGAGAUUCAUACACGUUGCCCAGCUGUGCUUGAACCUCCAGAAUUACGCCACGCUCAUGCAGAUUAUAUUGGGCUUGACGUCGCAAAAAGUGCACGCGUUCAAGUCAACCUGGCGGCAUUUACCACCAGGCGAUAUUUUGAUGUUGAAAAACCUCGAGGAGUUAUCGUCGCCGUUGAAAAAUUUCCUCAAUAUCAGAUUGUCAAUCAAUCAUAUCAAGCCUUCAAAAGGGUGCAUCCCCUUUGUUGGGUUGUACUUGUCCGAUUUGACCUUUAAUGCGGAGAGACCCAGCACGAUCAAAAAGAAGAAGGGAGGAGGGGAACCGGAUGACAAGGGCACGGGAGAGGUGUGCACAUCAGAGGAGAUGAUCAACUUCUCCAAGUUUCGAACUUCGGUGCAAAUAGUCAAGUCCUUGUCCCAGUGCAUUGAAUGGUCCAGCAACUAUGAAAUUGAUAUCCAGCCCACUUUGUUGUCGAAAUGUCUUUACAUAAAAUCGUUGGAUGCAGAUGAGAUGAACUACUGUAUACAGCGAUUCAGAGACUGA